AUGAAUUCUCCCACCAGACCUCGUCCACGUCAAGCUCAAGCGCCACGUGACUACGACGACGGGCAACCAGCAAUAUAUCACAACAGCGCGAAAGCUGCACCUAGUGCACCUAAUGGGCCGCGUUUUGACAGCCACGACGACUUCUAUGAUUUCCUAGACAGCAACCGAGGUCCCAUGUCCGGUCCAAGCAGUCUUGCCGGCCCUUCUAACGCAAACGCCAGCACUAGCGCACCAUUGCAUACGCAGCCCCUGCAGAUGCCCCAGCAGCAGCAACGCUUCGGACAGAGUAGCGGCCCGUCAAACCAGAGCCCAACAGGGACGAGUCGUCCUCCGCUCACCAACUCGUUCCCGCCCCAGGGAGGCGGCGCUCCGGACAGGUCGCGACCCCCAUCGUACUCGGGCAGCAGCCGUUCCGAGGAGAUGCUUGUGGCAGAUCGCACCCGCGACGACGGGCGAAUCCAGCGCCAAAAUGGGCGUCGGGGACCGCCAGAGGGAAAACCAGUAUCGGGCCCACGACCCCGACCACCAACCAGCAGCUCUGCCGGGUCGUCUCCUCCUCGUAACUCGUCAGGGUACCCAAUCAAUCCGCAAGUCCAGCAUGCGCAGGCUCAGUCAAAGUCGGCUUCCGCUUCCGCUUCGGAUCCCAGCUUAUCUGUCCCAGGCGCAAGCGUAGGCGCGUCGAUCCAGCGCCUUAAGAGUCCCAGUGUGGCAGACUGCGUGCUACAACCGCUUGAUCAGAAAGUCCGCGAGUACAAUGACUUGAUGAAUCGCGAACAGGACGAGAUGGACCGCCUGGAUGCCGAGAUCCGCGCGCUACAAGAGCGUCGCGCAGACGCCGAGACGCGCUUCCUCGAAGCCAAAGGCAAGCAUGAUGAUUAUAAACGACAGUAUGUCGACGUCGAACGUGCUAUGCGUGGGGAGAUGGCGCUGCCACCUCCAACGCCUAGGGAGCAGCCGGCGCCGCUCACACGACAGCACACGCGGCCCAUGAGUCUGCAAGAUGAUGACGAUGACGAUGAUGAUGACCUAGCGCUGCCUCCAUCGUCGCACCGACGUAUCAAUUCUCAGCAGUCGUUCGGACGAUCCUCCCAGAAGAUGAGAAGUGGAGGCCGCUUCCGGUUCAGCCUGUUUGGCGACAAGUAA